ACACAUCUCAUUAGGGUUUAACCAUUGAACUCGAAUACCCACAACAAUGGCUUCUCUAAUGGCGAUCCGCAGGGCUACAUCUUCUUCUUCUUCAUUCAAGGUAACAUCUCUUCACUCUCCUGCUUCCAUUUUCAACCGUAGCACCCUCAAAUCAUUCUCCACAUCAACCGCCCCAAACCCUAAUCAAUGGAACCAGCCACUCAAUCAAUGGGAUAAUCAAAAUCAAACAUAUCAACGUCAUCAAACCCCUCAAAAUUACCCGCCAAAUGUUCCGCAACAAGGUUUUUACCCGGAGAGCCCUAAUAAUCAGCGUCCUAAUUCUCACCAGCAAAAUCAGUACCCAAACCCUAAUUAUCGUCCUAAUUACCCUCAAAAUGAGCAAAGUUUUAAUCAGAAUUAUCGGCAAAACCCUAAUCAGCGUCAGAAUUAUCCACCACAAGCCCCAAUUCAGAGACAGAACUUUCCACCACAACAACAGCAACACACUCCCAAUUAUUCGCCUCAAAACCCUAACCCUAGUGUGAAGAAAGUUGAUUUGUUGAGUGUGUGUAAAGAGGGGAAGCUUAAGGAAGCGAUUGAGUUGUUGGGGCAGGGUGAGGUUGCAGAUGCUGAGUGUUUCGGUUAUCUGUUUGGGUUGUGUGGGAAGUUUAAGAAGCUUGAGGAUGCUAAGAAGGUGCAUGAUUACUUCUUAAGGUCAAGUUUUAGGGGAGAUAUUCAGUUAAAUCAUAAGGUGAUUGAUAUGUAUAGUAAGUGUGGAAGCAUGGUGGAUGCACGCCGGGUGUUCGAUCAUAUGUCUGAGAGGACUAUGGAGUCUUGGCAUUGUAUUAUUAACGGGUAUGCAUCGAAUGGGUUGGGUGAUGAUGGGCUGGAGAUGUAUGAGCAGAUGAGGACGGUUGGGUUGGUUCCGAAUGAAGAGACGUUUCUUGCGGUUUUGGAUUCUUGUGCUGGUGCGGAUGCGAUUGAAGAGGCGUUUUUGCACUUUGAAGAAAUGAAGAAGGAGUACGGGAUUGAGCCUAAGAUUGAACAUUAUUUGGGUUUGAUCGGUGUGUUUGGGAAACCGGGACAUCUUGCUGAAGCUUUGGAGUACGUUGAGAAGCUUCCGUUUGAACCCACGGCGGAAAUAUGGGAGGCGGUAAUGAACUACGCUCGAAUUCAUGGAGAUGUUGAUCUUGAAGACCGUGCUGAGGAGAUAUUAAUCAGUUUUGACCCGUCAAAAGCCGAUCCCAAGAAAAUCCUGACGCCACUUCCCAAAAAGUUUACUGCUAUCAGUAUGCUCGAGGGUAAGAACAGGGUGGGCGAAUUUAGAAACCCAACACUUUACAAAGACGAAGAAAAGUUCAGGGCUGCUAACAAAGAACAGAGUUAUGUUCCGGAUACGAGAUAUGUUCUUCAUGAUAUUGAUCAAGAAGCCAAAGAGCAGGCACUGCUUUAUCACAGUGAGCGUUUGGCGAUUGCGUAUGGACUGAUAUCUACUCCAGCAAGAACACCACUAAGGAUCAUAAAGAAUCUUCGUGUUUGUGGCGAUUGUCACAAUGCCAUCAAGAUUAUGUCCAGGAUUGUGGGUAGGGAGCUGAUUGUUAGAGACAAUAAAAGGUUUCAUCAUUUCAAAGACGGAAAAUGUUCAUGUGGAGAUUACUGGUGAAAACCGUGAUGGUUUCAAACCGAUAGUUAUGAUCCACUAGGUUCCUCUAUAUAUGUGUGUUUUUGCUAGCAAUGAUUUUGGUAUUAUUGUGGUCAAAAUAGGGUUAGUGAUGAUGUUUGGGGGUUUAUGAUUGUCAUAUUAAAUCUAAGUUUUCUUCUUUUUUACAUUUGAUGGUAGUUUCAUCAUUGUAUGCGGUAUACUCGACUUUUGAUACCACAACAGCACAUGAUAGACGAAUAUCACUUGACCGGCGCAUGGUAAAGUCUUAUGUAUGUAAUAAAAAAGCCAGCAAUUUUGUAUCA